AUGCGUCUGUAUCACGCUCUGCUCGUCACUGCGGUCGCUCUGCUGGCCAGCAACGCCUCCGCUGGCCGUGCUGACUGCGAUAUGAUCCCCGGCGACUACGUCGAGUCCUCCAACGGCUCGGUGGAGCAGGGCUCCACGGCCAACUCCGCCGUCGGUGCCAGCCAGGCAAGCCAGGGCUCUGCUCCGUCGGACGAGACCCCGGUGCAGCAGUACUCCACGACCAACUCUGGUGCCAGCCAGCCCGCUUCUGCCAGCGGCUCGGCCCCCAAGGACUCCUUCGACGGCUAUGACGCUUCGAACGACUCCCCUGUCCAGCAGGGCUCGGCUGUCGGUGCCAGCCAGGCAAGCCAGGGCUCUGCUCCGUCGGACGAGACCCCGGUGCAGCAGUACUCCACGACCAACUCUGGUGCCAGCCAGCCCGCUUCUGCCAGCGGCUCGGCCCCCAAGGACUCCUUCGACGGCUAUGACGCUUCGAACGACUCCCCUGUCCAGCAGGGCUCGGCUGUCGGUGCCAGCCAGGCAAGCCAGGGCUCCGCCCCGGACACUCCGGUGCAGCAGUACUCGACGGCCAACUCGCAGGGCUCCGCUCCGUCGGACGCUUCGUUCACCAGCAGCUACCCCGGCCCCACUCCGGACUUCCCUGAGUACGGCCAGGGCUCCGCUCCGGCUGACUUCCCUGAGUACGGCCAGGGUUCCGCUCCGACGGAGUCCCCGGUGCAGCAGUUCUCCACUGCUAACUCUGACGUCGGUGCCAGCCAGGUGAACCAGGGCUCCGCUCCGUCGGAGGAGACCCCCGUUCAGCAGGGCUCCGCUCCAACGGACGCUUCGUUCACCAGCAGCUACGCCGGCCCCACUCCGGACUUUCCGGAGUACGGUCAGGGCUCCGCUCCGACGGAGACUCCGGUGCAGCAGUUCUCCACUGCCAACUCCGACGUUGGCGCCAGCCAGGUGAACCAGGGCUCUGCUCCUUCGGACAAGACCCCGGUGCAGCAGUACUCCACUACCAACUCGGCCAGCCAGGCUUCUGCUUCGGGUUCCGACGAUGUUCAGCAGGGUGUUGUGGUCCCUGGCGGCGAUGUUGAGGAUGCCUCGCAGAAGACCGACGUUGCUGGCGAGUCCGACAUCAACUUCAAGACCACCCUGGCCCCUACCGCCACCACCGCCGCACCUGAGGUCGCUGCUAGCUCCAGCGGCUCGAGCUCUUCCAACUCCACGGUCACUACUUCCAGCACCGGUUUCUGCGCUAAGCCGCGUGUUCGCAUCACGGAGGUCGACGUUGGCGCCGCCAUCGAGAACAACGAGGAGGAGGCCGCCCUCAAGGUUAUCGCCAUCGCUGCUCUGCCCUCGGGCGGCUCUCGCAUUGCCUUCCAGAGCGGUGACAACGUAAUCGUUCGUGAGCUGGACGCCAACGACAAGCUGGUGGCCAGUAGCCCCGCCGUCAAGGUGCCGAUGAACGACUUCGCCGACAUCUACGCCGACAAGAAUGGCUUCGUGAUCCUCGGAACGAGAGACGCUGAGGGCGGCGGCACCCUCAACUGCGGUAACCCGAGCAACCUGUGCGGUGGUGGCCCGAGCCCCGCUUCGCCUUGCUACGACAUGUACAUGGCCCGUUAUGACGGCACGAGCGAGAAGUGGGCCACCAAGCUCACGUCGUCCAGUGCUUCCCUGCCUCCUUACUCGACGGGCAAGACUGGCCCGGACGUGUACAUGAUCUGGUGGUACGCUCACCACGGCCGUAUCGCGUACGACGGCACCAACUGGGCCGCGUACUUCGGCGCUGCCAUCUCGACGUCGGAGGGCGGCUGCAUCAACAUCCACCAGGGUGACCGCAUGAAGGUGGUGAGCCCCUCGGGCUCCAUCACGGACAGCCAGGACUCGUUCGACUGGGGCUGCUCGCACUCGGGCUACGAGCGCAUCACGUACGACGAGCGCUCGAAGAGCUUCGCGUCGAUCUGUAAGACGGACAGCAACAACCGCCUCAUGCCGCCCAACAACUGGGACGCGACCAUCUACCCCGUGGACCUCGCUGCCUCCAACCUCGGCGACAUCGUGUCGGACUCGGUCGCCUCGAGCAACAAGUACUGGUCGGCGGUGAGCAACGGCGACGGUGACAACGCCAAGGUGCACCUGAUCCACUACGAUCUCAAGUCGCAGGCCAGCGAGGACAUCGUGCUCGGCGGCACCGACGCCAACGAGCGUGCUCCUCACCUUGCUGCUAUGGGCAAGGACGGCAUGCUCGCUAUGUGGGAGGGCAGCUCGGCUGGCGGCGACCUCCAGGAGGGCAGCGACCGCACGAUCUACGCCCAGGUGCUCAACCGCGCGACGGGCAAGGCCAUCAGCGAGAAGAUCACGGUGGACAAGUCGGUGGUGGGCAACCGCUACCAGGCGCUCAAGAGCUACCCGGACGGCAGCGUGGCGUACCUGUCGAAGGGCAAGACGGGCACCUCGGUGCAGGUUGUGCGCUUCUUCGGCUGCUAA